AUGUCCAACACCGACUUCCUCGGCCGGGCCAUCGACCAGGUGCGCAAGGCCAUCGAGGCCGACAACUCGGCGCAGUACGACAAGGCCUACCAGAUGUACUACCAGUCGCUCGAGCUGUUCAUGCUCGCCCUCAAGUGGGAGAAGAACCCCAAGUCGAAAGAGAUGAUCCGCCAGAAGACCGCCGAGUACAUGGACCGCGCCGAGAAGCUCAAGUCCCACCUGUCCGACGCCGACGCCAAGCGCAAGAAGCCCGGCAUGGUGGGCGCCAACGGCUCGUCCACGGGCGGCACGGGCAAGGGCAAGGAGAACGGCGAGGACGGCGACGCGGCGGUGGACGAGGACAGUAAGAAGCUCAGGUCUGCGCUGGCGGGCGCGAUCUUGCAGGACAGGCCCAACGUCAAGUGGGAGGACGUGGCGGGUCUCGAGGGCGCGAAGGAGGCCCUCAAGGAGGCCGUGCUACUACCCAUCAAGUUCCCCCAGAUGUUCCAGGGAAACAGGAAGCCGUGGAAGGGUAUUCUGCUGUAUGGUCCUCCAGGAACGGGAAAGAGUUAUCUGGCAAAGGCACUGGCGACGGAGGCAAAGAGCACCUUCUUCAGCGUCAGCAGUUCCGACCUGGUCAGCAAAUGGAUGGGUGAAUCAGAAAGAUUGGUCAAGCAGCUCUUCAACAUGGCCCGCGAGAAUAAGCCUUCGAUCAUCUUCAUCGACGAAGUCGACGCGCUAUGCGGUCCCCGAGGCGAAGGCGAGUCCGAGGCCUCGCGGCGUAUAAAGACCGAAAUGCUGGUGCAAAUGGACGGUGUAGGCAAGGACUCGACAGGCGUGCUGGUGCUCGGCGCGACAAACAUCCCCUGGCAGCUCGAUGCUGCCAUCCGACGACGUUUCCAGCGACGUGUGCACAUCAGCUUGCCCGACAUCUCUGCCAGGACGACCAUGUUCAAGAUUGCUAUUGGCGACACAAAAACUUCGCUCAAGAGCGAGGACUACAGAGAGCUGGCUAAACUGACAGAGGGCUACUCGGGGAGUGAUAUCGCCGUUGCGGUGCAGGACGCGCUGAUGCAGCCGGUGCGCAAGAUCCAGCAGGCGACACAUUUCAAGCCGGUGACGGUCGAUGGCCAGAAGAGAGUCACCCCUUGCUCCCCCGGCGAGCCUGACGCAAUGGAGAUGACCUGGGAAGAAGUUGACACCGAUGAACUCCUCGAGCCCAUUGUCGACUUCAAGGACUUUGUCAAGUCGGUCAAGUCCAGUAGGCCCACUGUCUCCCAGGAGGAUCUCAAGAGGAAUUCCGAGUGGACGCACGAGUUCGGAUCCGAGGGUUCAUAG